ACCUCUUCAGCUUUCCCACACUUCUUUCCUAAUUAUUGUCCUGCAGGACAGCUGAUCUAUUUCAAACAGGAAGCUGUUUACAGAUAACACUUGCAACUGUGUUGUCUGAUUUGUUGAACUGUCGAAAAGCAAAAGACAACCUCUUUCAAAUUAAAAACUGUCAGACUUCUGUAAACAGCAGCAAUGAGGUUCAUCUGUGCAGUGUCCCUGCAGGCACAGAGUGUUCUGCAGUUUUCUCAGCAACCGUAAGGAGUCAGUGACCUGUAAGUGCUCAUUAUGAAGACAGAUCUGGUUUUCUUGGUGACUCUAAUUAGCCUUGCCUUCCUGUCACUGCUAAGGUCUGGAUAUCCUCAACAUAUUGCAGAGGAGUCCUGCUCUGUUCAGAUUCUUGUCCCAGGCCUCAAAGGGGAGGCCGGAGAAAAGGGGGAGAAAGGUGCUCCAGGUCGUCCAGGUAGAGUUGGCCCUCCAGGAGAAAAAGGAGAAAUGGGAGACAAAGGACAGAAAGGCAGCAUGGGACGGCAUGGAAAAAUUGGUCCUAUUGGUUCAAAAGGUGAAAAGGGAGAUAAUGGUGACAUAGGACCACCAGGUCCUAAUGGUGACCCAGGCAUCCCCUGUGAGUGUAGCCAGCUAAGGAAGGCUAUUGGUGAAAUGGAUAUCCAAGUGGCCCAGCUGACGACAGAACUAAAAUUCAUUAAAAAUGCACUGCCCUCCCCCGCAGCUGUUGCUGGUGUGCGUGAGACAGAUAAUAAGAUUUAUCUGCUGGUGAAGGAAGAAAAAAGAUACAAGGAAGCCCAGCUCUACUGCCAUGGAAGAGGAGGGACGCUCAGCAUGCCCAAGGAUGAGAAUGCCAACAAUCUGAUUGCCUCGUACAUCAACCAAGCUGGGCUCACCAGAGUUUUCAUUGGGAUUAACGACCUAGAGAAAGAGGGAAAUUUUGUCUAUUCUGACCGGUCACCCAUGCAGACCUUCAACAAGUGGCGCAGUGGGGAGCCCAACAAUGCCUACGAUGAGGAGGACUGUGUGGAGAUGGUGGCAUCUGGAGGGUGGAAUGACGUUGCAUGUCAUAUUACCAUGUAUUUUGUGUGUGAAUUUGAUAAAGAAAACGUGUAAGCUUGCUGGCUCUUUAUUUUAAGAAAAGUUUUUAAGCAGGUUGUAUAAGUUAGCCCAUGUUUAUAGAGUACAAGUAAUGUUUUACACACAUGUGACAUCAGUGUUGUACAGCUGUAAAUACAAUUUAGGUAUUUCAAAUAUCGGUAUUUACCCUUCAGAAGGGAAGAGCACUGAUGAGUAAGAUAUAGAUUGGUUUUUUUUCUGUAGAAGAGCGUAUGUAUUUAGAGAAAACUGUAGUUUGGGGCUAAAUUCUGCCCUCAAAGCAUUUAACGCGUGUGAUGGUGUGAAUUUGGCCUCUAGUUUUCAGAGUGAUCAUUUCUGAAGAAAUAGAUUCUUAAUAUUCUUUUACCUUAGCAAAUUUAAUAGUUAUAGAUGUUAAUUGCUUGUAGCACUACAGGGAUACACUACAGGGAUACUCCAGCAAGAAGACAAAUAAUUUGCAUACUCCAGUUAAUUAGCACAAAUAUUACUAUUUUUUGGGGAUGUAAAGGUGUUACAACUCUUUUUUUUUUUUUUUUUUUUUUUUAAGUAGCCAAGCCUAGUCCACAAAUUAAGAGUCCUGCCAAUUUUGUACAGUUUCUUUAUUAAAAUAUUCACAGAUAUAUCAUGAGAAGGCCCUUCAGUAAGCAGUUUUAGUGCUGGUGGAGGAUUAACUUCAUGUAAUUCAGUACAGAAAAAGGGAUCCAUGCCAGAUGAGUGCUUUGGGAUUGGGUAAAGGUAAAAGAUUUUGGUUUUCUGCUAUCUUUAGUUGAAAAUGAUUCAGUGAAUGAACUGUUUAAGGCCUCAAACAAUUAUUUUUUUAAAGUGUUUCUCAUUUGUUAAAGAUGAUCUUGGUACAUCAUGUUACAAAACAAACAUAAUACUGACCCUUCUCUGUUUAAGGCAAAUUACAUUAGUGGACAACAAAUCUCAUAGAAGUGGUUUAGCUAAUUGUUUUGGCAGGAAAAAAGCCUAUAUAGUGACUCAGAUUGAGAGAGUGACCUCCUGAAAAGCAGCAAAAUUGUCCAAAAUUCUCCUGUUUAUGUAUAUAGCAAUAAUGUGAUUUUGCACAAAUAAUUUAUGUACUCAAUUUCAUAUGAUGGAAAAUGUGAUGUAUAUUUUAAGAAGUCAGCAACAUAAUUUCACAAAGGAAAUGAAUUACUUUGGAUCUUCCUAGGAGCCAGUUGCAUGACAUCUUAUUCUCACUGUUAGGCAUAGAAAGACUACAAAAUCUCAGACCGUUUUUUUUUUUUUCCAGGAAUACCCUGCACAAUGUUUUAUGCUGUUUUUUAAGGAGAAAUGUUCCUUUGUAUAACAUAGCAAUCAGUAUAUUUAUCUGAUAAUUAUGGGAGAUUGGUCUACAAAGUAUCCAAAUUGGAUCUGGCUUGUGGUUCUACAGCAAGACAAGACCGACUGAAAUCAAUGCUAAAGUGCCGUGAUACAUAACCAGCAGUCAGACAAUCCUGUUCAUAUCCACAGUCUAACAAUAUUUGGUGUGAUACUAUUAUUAAAUACCUAAUAAACUAUUUUGUUUGAUAUA